AUGGAUUCGGAAGAGGUGGCAACUACCUCUAAUCCUUCUCCGCGUGCAGCCGCCCGGCAGCAAUUUUCAAUUAGGUACCUAGAGCCUAGAGGGAACAAACCGCUAAUAAUUUAUGCGCUUCCAGUUACAGCAACAGCGGACCCAUCCGCAUCCUCCCUUUUAUCUCCAAACACUACCACUACCACUACCACUACCACCACUGCUACUACUGCUACUACUCCUACCACCACUGCCAUUGCCACCGCCACUGCUACAACCACAACUGCAAGCACAACCGCAAUCGCGACCAAUUCCGCUGCUAAUAACAGCACUAUCAUAACAACAACCACGCCGACCACAACAACAAUUACAGCUCCACCUACACCAUCCAAGUGUGACAAUUUCCACGAACACAGACAAAGCCACAGUUCCUCGAAACUCCCUACUUUUCGGUUUGCGGAUCUAAAAAGAGAACAUCAUAUCACCAUCCCUUCGCUUCUACAGUCUCACCACAUUCCGCCUUCGCCUGUCUCGCCCGAUCCCGAUCAGCACAGCGAAACACAGCCAAAUACGGCACAGGAUACAUCCCCGCUGACAGCGCAUCAGCAGUACAACAAUAGCAACAAUAGUGACAAUAUCAAACCUGUCUUACCCGAACAAUUGCCUGUAGAAAAAUUAAGUCCCUCCAGGUCUCGGGCAUCCACGUUCCAGACCCCCGCCGCCCAAUCGAUCGCCACAUCGACAUCAUCUAUCAAUGCAAAGCGCUCUGCUUCUCUAGAUUCUACUAUUACUGCUACUCAUAAGCGCACGCGCAAUACCAUUGGCGCAAAGUCGCCUACGGAUUCCAAGGACGCGGUUGUUAUUGUGCAAUCGCGACACCAACGCGCGCCUUUUUCAGGCGAUUCGGCAAUCGAAAAUUCGCCUGAGCGUCGAAUGCAUGUAUCGCACAACAGUCAAAGCACAUCUACAAGAGAAGAAACCAGUAAAGAAGAAACAACAAAAGAAGGAGCGCAGUGGCAGCGAGAACUCAUACUGCCAAAGACCAUUCAGAGGACUGCAGCUGAUGACAGGAGAAAUUCCAUAGUAAGACGACCACCUGUAUCCUAUAAGCCACCCGUGAACUCGACCAGUUCGGGCGGUACAACAUCAAUUCCACCUAUCCGAUCAUUUCGAUCAUCCGGCGAAAGACGAAGUCUCGUUCUCGACAUGAAUCUCCGUUCGAUGCGCGGGUAUGAGCCAAGUGAGGAAUCUGGCGACUCGAAUCAUCGCGAUAGGACUCUGCGUGCGCUUGAAGGAAGACGUCUCGACGAUGCAUCGCAAAUAACACCGCCUGACUCGGCAGGAGAUCGUCCAGACGGCGAUGAUAACGGCGAUCUAUUUCUUAAGAUCGCACGCGAAGAUCCGUCCCGAAGCCGCUCCGAGGUGAACGGGAGUUACGGGGAUAAUCAAAGCGCCCUUUCGCGAGUCGCACGAAGUAGCCGACGGCCUCUCUCUGUAGCCGUCUCGACAUCAUUUAACCCGUCGUCCCCUCCUCAAAUGGCUCGACGCCUAUCAGAUCAGGAGGCCUCUCGGUCUCGAGGUUUUGGUGAUGAUCAAUCAGGAGAGAAAAUGCCGCGUACUAUAACAUUCAAAGGUGUACCCAGAGAUAAAGCCGACGACACAAAACCUAGAAGCGGCAGCGCUCUUCGUGGUUCUCCACUAACACCCCGAUCUUUAGCUUUCCAAGACCUCCCUUCUGACCAAGGAUCCGCUUAUAGUCGAAAAAGACAAGCGUCUGUUGAUGGCGGCAGUGCUCUCCCCUCUCGCAUGUCCUCGCUCAAACAAUCCAAUGUCAACUAUAGCCAUCCUCGCACUUACAAUUCUUCGCCAUUGGUACCAAAACCAGCAGAAUCACAAAAGCAAGAUGCUCAAUUGGAUGAUCCAAAUCACGGCGUCGAAGGGACUAAUUCGACGACUUCAACUGCCGCUCCUUCUACAGUAUGGGAUGAGCUCGAUGACCUCAAGUCUCGCAUCCAUCGUCUUGAGUUAACCGGCAAGCUGCCUCCAACCUCGGGUGCGGCUAUCUCACGAGCGUCUGAUGAACGACCUCCGACUGCUCACACCAACGCAACCACAUUAUCUGCCUCUCCAAAGCGCGGUCCUGGGGGCGCUGCACAGGCAUCUGACGCGAACAAUGCACAAAAGGAUGGUCACCCUUUAUUGACCUCAGCUUUAACUAAAUCGAAGGACUUUCUCAGCGCAGAAGUCUAUGAAGCUCUCGAGACAGCAGCUAAUGAUGCAUUGGCACUUUCAAUGAUGAUGGGUACCGCUGGCCAACCAGGGCCUAUUUCGAGCGGCGCAAGUAGCAUUGGCAGUGGUACUACAAUUACCGACCGCCAACUAAGACGAAAGGCAGAUAGUAUCUGUCGUAGUCUUACUGAAUUAUGUCUCGCGCUAAGUGAAGGGGCCGCGCAGCUGAAGCCGCCGUCGCAGCCGCAAGUAGCGCCACCGACUCCAGAGAAUCCCCUAUUAGCAAGCCCGAAUAUCACAAAGUUCCAAGGCAUAGCUGCCCAGAGGCGGCAAAGCGUCGCCGAUCGCAACCUCACCGUCAACACCAGUCCGAGAACUAUACCCCGUUUUGAAGAGAGGCGAAAUAUGGAAGAGAGACGGAAUAGUACUCUGGGAACUACUUUCUUAUCUAGUGCGCUGCCGACUCCGCGGUUUAGUUCAACGACUCCGGCAACCCCAACUGAAACUACAAUGCACGGUCCGAGCCGGAAGACUUCUUUAUUGAUAUCCCGCAGCCGCCGGGCUGGAUCGGAAGACCCGGACGAGGCGCGCAAGUCAUCACAAUCGUCACUACUCAGACUGCGGCGCGCUACUACAGAAGAACCUGAGGAUUUAUCUGAUCGGAAGCCCGUAUUAACCCGAGCCCGCCAAGGAACGGUGAAUCGCGACGACGAGGAAGGUCAGUUCCGUGCGCCAUCUCGCGCCAUCACCGAAGUCCACGGACUUCGAUCAGGAACGCGCGAGUACGCAUCACAAUUAGCACCACCUCCGAAAGAGCCCGAGCCUUUGGCAACUUCUGCUCUACCUAAAAGGCGACUAGCUUCCGCGCUCAGCAGCAGAUUAGUGAUCCCUACAUCGACAUCUGGAUUUGCUAGCACGGCUCGCCGGUAUUUCGACCGAUCGACGCCGGACCGCGACACAUACAACGCAGAGAAAUCUGAAGAUCGACAGCAGCGGCAAUUUUCCAUGUCUCGAUCCGGAAGUAUGGAUAAACGAACGAAUCGUGCAAGUAUGAUUGCAACAAGCUCUCCCGCGACGGGAGGUUACCGAUAA